AUGUGCAACGUAAUUUUCAGACUAUUGUACGGUCUUUUAGUUACGAAUUCGAAUUUUUUUUCUCAAGAACUGUCCCCCGUAAAUAAAAACGUCAAGCCGAAUGAGAAAGCUGAAAAAGUGUGGGUGGACGUAACUGUGGUGAGCCUGGAGAGCAAGAAGCCGAACACUUUCUACAGACUCUACAACAACAGGAUAAUGUUUAAAGAACCCGGCCUGUACAAGUGCACUUGCACGGCACCCAAUCCGCCCAACAUGAACAACAACGGCAGUGAUGAUGGUGGCAACUUUUCAUGGAAUGGAAAGAUAAAUGUUGUGGCAAAAGUGAUUGGAGGGACGAUGGACCAGAGCAUGUUCACCGGUUUUGUGGUCUCAGGGAGUUUCCUGGCCAGCCUCACAAUCGUUUUCGUCAUCGUCCUCAUCGCCUAUCGCAGCAUCAGCAAGAAGAGGAGUAAAAAGAAACUGAUUAGAUAUUUGAACGAGAGAUUGGCUCAUGAGAGGGCCAGCAACGCCGGUUCAGAACCAUGCGACAAGCCAGACAGCACUUCAAAGACCUUUACUGGAGUAUUGUCGAACUUUCCCGCCACCAAAUCAGCAAAGUCCUCGUGGCAAAACACUUCAACUCUCUCGAAAUCAUCUGCAUCGACACGCUUCCUACCUCCACCACAAGCUACAAUGCCUCUGUCCACAAGUCAAGCAACUGGAACAGCAGCUUCCAAUGCUUCCUCAAUUUUACACGAUUCGGUCUAUCAAAAACCCAGUUCGGUGCAACAAGCGUUCAUUGUUAAUUCUAUUCAGUGUCGACGAUUAACGAUAAUCGGUAAAUAA